GGCUGUACCGGUCCCUUCUGCCCUUAGCGGUUUAAGGUUGCUGUCACUCAAACAUUACUAGCCAAUCAGAGCCUCCAAGUAGGCAGUCCAAUCGAGUGCCAGCGGGAGGCGGGACUUCUUGGCCGCCAUGCUCCCUGCUAGGCUCUAAGGCUGAGGUAGUCGCUUUGGAGACGCUGCUCUGUAGGGAGAGCACCGCUGUGGCAAAUUAUGAGAAGAGUGCGGGUGAGCCUGGAAGCCGCGCUAUGGAUCUAGUUGUCUUUGAGGAUGUGGCUGUGAACUUCACCGAGGAAGAGUGGGCUUUGCUGGAUUCUUCUCAGAAGCAUCUGUACAGAGAUGUAAUGCUGGAAACCUACAGUAACCUUGCUUGUGUCGGAAACGAAUGGGAAGAGCAGAGCAUGGAGGAGCAGCACAGAAAUCCGAGGAGAAGUCAGAGAAUGUGUACAUGUGAGAGACUAUAUGAGAGUACCGAAGGUUGCCAAUCUGGAGAAAUCUUUACCAAGACACCACAUCUGACAAACAUCUUCCCUGGUCCAAAAGUUGAGCUUGAGGAAAAUGACAGGAUACAGUAUAAAUGUGAACAGACCUGGACAACAUUGUAUUCUGUCACAAGUAUUCAAACCUAUACGCAAAGCCUCAACAUGAGUGGGCCUUAUAAUGUAUGCGGCACAUCCUUCGGUUUUCCUAGCUCAUUUGGAAGAUAUCAAGAAAUUCCUGUUGGAGAAAUGUAUUAUGAACAGAAGGAAAAGAACUGUGUUUCUGUUAAAUCAUUUUACACAUAUGAAAGGAAUGACAAAGCAGCAAUCGAUAAUGACCGAAAACCAUUUCAUAGACCCCAGAGUUCUUUUGGUUCCUGUGAAAGUCAUGGAAGAAUUAAUACAAGAAAAAGGUCCUAUGAAUGCAAACUAUGUAGUAAAUCUUUCAUGUAUCCUUCUUUACUUCAAAAACAUGAAAUAACCCAUUCCCGUGAAAAACCCUACAGAUGCCUACAAUGUGGGAAAGCUUUCAGAAAUCUCAGUUCUCUUCAGAAGCAUAACAUAGUUCAUACUGAGGAAAAGCCUUAUAAAUGUCCUUAUUGUAAUAAAGUGUUUAUCUGUCAGGGAUCACUUCAGUCACAUAUAAGAGUUCAUACUGGGGAAAAGCCUUAUGAGUGUAAACAGUGUGGUAAAGCUUUCAGAGUUAACAGUUCCUUUUGGCGGCAUAAAAAAGUUCAUACUGGGGAAAAGCCCUAUGAAUGUAAACAGUGUGGUAAGUCCUUCAUUUAUCCUUCUUUACUUCAAACCCAUGAAAGAACUCACAGUGCAGAAAAACCCUAUAACUGUAAACAGUGUGGUAAAGCCUUUAAAUCUCACAGUUCCCUUCGAGUCCAUGAAAGAAACCAUACUGGGGAAAAGCCCUAUGAAUGUAAGCAAUGUGGCAGAUCCUUUAUUUACCCCUGCUUACUCCAGAUCCAUGAAAGAACUCACAGUGGUGUCAAACCCUAUGGAUGUAAGCAGUGUGGGAAAGCGUUCAGACGCCUCAGUGACCUUCGAGUACAUGAAAGAAUUCAUACUGGAGAAAAACCUUAUGAAUGUAAACAGUGCAUUAAAUCUUUUAUUAAUCGGUAUUUACUUAAGAUGCAUCAAAAGUCUCAUACUGGUGAGAAACCCUAUAAAUGUAAGAUGUGCAGUAAAGCCUUCAUUUAUCCUUCCUUACUUAAACUGCAUGAAAGAUCUCACACUGGGGAAAAACCCUAUCCAUGUAAACAAUGUGAUAAAGCCUUCAUUUUCCCCUCUUUACUUAAAAUGCAUGAAAGAACUCACACUGGGGAAAAGCCUUAUGCUUGUAAACAGUGCGGUGAAGCCUUCAAAAGCUACAAUUCCCUUCAGAGACAUAAAAGAAUUCAUACUAAUGUAAAGCCUUACGAAUGUAAACAUUGUAGCAAAACCUUCAUAUGUCAGAGAUCCCUUCAGUUACAUAAUAGAACUCAUACUGGAGAAAAACCAUAUAAAUGUGAAGAGUGUGGUAACUCCUUCAGAUACCACAAUUCCCUUCAAAGACAUAGAAUAAUUCAUACUGGGAAAAAUCUCUAUGAAUGUAAACAGUGUGAUAGGUCCUUCAUUUAUCCGUAUUUACUCCAAAUACAUGACAGAACUCACUCUGGGGGAAAACCCUAUGAAUGUAAACAGUGUGGUAAGUCCUAUAUUUAUCCUUCUUUACUACGAAUACAUGAAAGAACUCACAGUGCGGAAAAACCCUAUAACUGUAAACAGUGUGGUAAAGCCUUUAAAUCUCACAGUUCCCUUCGAGUUCAUGAGAGAAACCAUACUGGGGAAAAGCCAUAUGAAUGUAAGCAAUGUGGCAGGUCCUUUAUUUACCCCUGCUUACUCCAGAUCCAUGAAAGAAUUCACAGUGGUGUGAAGCCUUACGAAUGCAAACAGUGUGGGAAAGCCUUUAGGGGUCACAGUUCCUUUCGGAUUCAUAAGAAACUUCACAGUGGGGAAAAACCCUAUGAAUGUAAACAGUGUGGUAAGUGCUUCGUUUAUCCAUCCUUACUUCGAAUGCACGAACGAACUCAUAGUAGUGAAAAGCCCUAUGAUUGUAAGCAGUGUGGUAAGGCCUUUAAAUCUCGUAGUUCCCUCCGAGAACAUGAAAGAAACCACAUUGAGGAAAAAUCCUAUCAGUGUCAACAGUGUGGUAAAAUCUUCAGGCGUUACAGUUCAUUUCAAAACCAUAAACAAAUCCAUGCUAUAGAAAAACUCAAUGAAUGUAAACAAUGUGGUAAGAUCUUCAUUUAUCCUUCUUUUCUUCAGAGGCAUGAAAGAACUCACAUUUGUGAAAGAACCCUAUAUAUGUAAACAAUGUGAUUAAAGCUUUACCAUAUUACAAUUCUUUUAGGAGAGAUAAAUUUCAUUCUGAGGGGGUGUGUAGAUAUGAAUAAUGUAAUAAAGCCAUUUUUACAGUCGUCUUCAACUGCAGAGAAAAAUUCAUAUGUAACAAUUGGAGUAUGUGAGAAAGCCUUCUGAAAGUAACCAUCCCCUUCAAAUGUAUGGAAUAACUCAUAAUGAAGUAGAACCAUGUUCCCUAUGACAUUAAAAAUUGUCAUGUUAGAAGGGAAUCCUGUAAAUAUAAACAAUGUGAAAACUCA